AUGCAACAGGCGCGUGCCGCCGAUGAGGCGAGCCACCAAAAGCAGCGGGAGGCAGCCAGCGCCAACGAGCGCCUGGCCACUGCAAAGCGGAAGGCGGAGGAGGUCUCCGCGGCCAGCCAGAAAAAACAGAAGCAGGUGCUGGACCUGCGCGAAGAGGCGGAGAGGAAGAUGAAGGAGGCUGAGGCGGCGGAGGCGGCCGCUAUGGAGGCCGCCAUGGAGGCGGAGCGCUACAAGGAGUACGUGGCUGAGGCGGAGCAAAGCGUCCAAGAGGCCUCGGUGUCCGCGGCGCAGUGUGCCAAGGAGGUCGCCCUGGCGAUGCAGCAGGUCCGUGCGCAGACCUGGUCCUCCCCCCAGCAAUGCAGGAUCCACGAUGUCUCGGAGCUUGUGAAAGUCAACCAAUGCCUGCUGCCUGCCAUUGGCGUCGGGGCGGCGGUUUACUUUGUCACUGGCUUCGCAUCGAUCUCUACCUUGGGCUUGGUUGGAGUUGGAGCUGGCGUUGGAUACGGAGUUGGAAGCUGGAUCGCCGACAAGAUGGGCAAGAAGCAAGAUGCUCAAAAGGUGCCAUUGGAGUCCUUGCCCUGGGCCGUGCAGGUGGCGCUUCAGAAUUGGCAGGAGUUUUUGACACGACAGGCUGCUGGAAGGCAGCUCUCUCCCGCGGAUGUGGAUGCCAUCUGGGCCCAGUUCGAGCAAUACGAGCCCACGCACGCCGCCAACGCUCGCGCACUGGUUCGAGGCAGCAGCGCGUCAAGCAGCUCGCAGGGUCCAGCCACCUUCAACUCUGGCGGCGGUCCGACCUUCGUGGCAACACAGGCUGCAGAGGUCUGA